UUUUAAUGCUCAACAUGACUAACUCGAUAUUUAUUAAGCAUGAUCAGAAGAGGAAAUAAUUUUAUCGAUUUUAUACCAAAAGAAAGAAGGAAGUCAGGCAUAGAAAAAAUGUCUAAAUGAAUGUUAUCAGCGCAGGGAAUUUGGAGUUGACUUUGUUUCUUGAUAUUUCUCUCAUGGCUCUUAUUCAUCAAUGAUUUCCUCAGAUGUUGAUUAAGUGUAACAUCCAGUUUUGUUAAUAAUCUCUGGAACCAUGAAUUUGACUAUUGCCAACAGUAUCGUCUAAUUGUUUUUCUUCCCUUGUUAACUUUUCUUUAUUUUCCCUUUUCUUGUUUUGGUUAUUACUCUUCCUCCUUUUCUCAGUGUUUAUAUUGUCCACUUGUGUUCAUCAAUUGUUUGAUGUAACCCAUUGAAAAGAGACGAAAUGCAAUUCCAAUUGAUUCAUUUCCUCAUCUUUCUUCUAACCCUAAACCUUACAUCAUCAAAGCAUCGAUCACACAAAUUGAAUUGUCCAAUAACCAAAAAAUGUCCAGUCCAUAAACACAAAAUUUGCGGAUCCGAUGGUAAAUUAUAUGAUUCACAUUGCCAUCUGAGGAAAAUAUCAUGUGAAAAAGGGAUUCAAUUGAGACCAGUCCAUCCAGAUCAAUGUGAUCCCAAUGAGGAUAAUAACAACAUAGAAUCAUCUCCGAUCGAUGAUUGUGAACCUAAACAGUAUGACUUGAUGAAACAACAAUUGUUCCAGAAAGCUGGCAAUGAUGUUUCGUUACUGUUCACACAAUUAGAUGAAAAUAAUGAUGGAUCAAUCAAUAUAAAUGAGCUUUGGCGUAAAUCAGCUUUAUAUCGGCCUGGUGUCAAUUCACCUUGCAUUUUAACAGAUUUACUUCAACAUGAAGACAAAAAUCAAGACGAUUUCCUUGACUUUAAUGAAUUUCAAACUGCAUUCAACAAUUUAUUUACAAUCACAAUGGUUACUUUGGAUCAAUCGCUUGCAGUCAACACAAUUCAAGCUCAUCAAGGAGACAAUGUUGAGAUACGUUGUGAUAUUGUUGGAAAUCCUCAGCAACCUGUAAUAAAAUGGCAUCGACACAAUGUCGAUCUCAACACUUUACAACUUCCAAAUGUCAAGGUUUUCAGCGAUGGUUCGCUGUAUUUGACCAACGUUCAGGUUCCAUUAUCCGGGAAUUAUACUUGUUCUGCUGAAAACAAUCCCAUUAUCAAACAAAUCCAUAUUCUUCAUGUUAUUGUUCCACCGAUUGUUGAGGUAACCCCACAUUUCCAGUGGUCAGCUGUGGGUGGUAAAGCAUCAAUUGACUGCCAAUAUGAAAGUUUGGAUGAAGAGCUUGAGAUAUCUUGGUACAAAAAUAAUGAAAUGUUGGAGUCUAAUGAGAGAACCAGUUUAACCCAAAAUCGAACCAGAAUAACUAUAUCACAGUUAACCCGAAGUGAUACUGGUGCUUACUCUUGUAGGGUAACUAACAGAGGAGAUGCUGCUUUAGGUCAAGAUAUAAGUUCCCUCCUUGUCCAGGAUGAUCCUGUUGGUCCACCUUCCAAUCUAAAGUAUAAGCAAAAGCUUUGGGUCUUCCAUAGCAAUGGAGUCAGUGUUUUUACUGAAGGAUGUUCAGGAUUAUUGCAUGAAAUGGAUGGUCGAGAUACUAUUCCGCUGAAUGGAUUACCUUUGUGUGGAUCACAGGCACUUCGUGGAGAGCCGUGUAGCUGGUCUGAGAAUGCGGUUAUAUCCAAUUCAAAGGUCUACAUUGGACAACCUGAUAAUAAUCGAGUGAUUGUUUUCCACACUCAACAAUUGAAUGUUGUCCAUGUUAUUGGUACUGAUCCACGACCGAGCUACCUUUGGCUGGUUCGCAGUGAAGUUGAAGAUAGCAUUUGGUUACUUAAUUCUGGUGAACCAAUGGAAAUGACUGGUAAAAUGUCAAAUGAAGAGUCUGGUUUUGGUUGGGAUUCGGGUUCAAGGGAUCAACAAAAACACAACAAGAAAACAAUCCAAAUAAUAAGGAUAACCCAAUCUGGACGUAACCAUAAUGUUAUUCAUCUUCAACCAAUUGAUGGACAUUUCGAUUUAGUUUAUAAUCUUUUCAUUCCUCAACCAUCUACAAUUCAAAUUCAUAAUUCUCAUGAUACUGCAAGGUUUGCCUAUGUAACUCAUUGGGAUGAAAGGACACUCAUCAAAAUAGAUAUGGAACAAUUUCGUUAUGUCAAAACAAUCAAUUUAGCUGAUUGUCAACCAAUUAACGCUGUUUUCACCGAUUAUGGUUUAGCCAUUUUACAAUGUCAAACUCCAGUUACUCAUCAACUUAAUGGUCAACUGAUUUUGGAUCAAUUAACAGAUUCAAUUAUAUCUUAUAAUGCUCAUAUUAAGGCUCAUCGUUCAUUCCUAUCACCUAACCAUCAAUUUUUGGUCAACAUAUUCCAUAAUUCAUCAUCAACCAGUCCAGUAUCAACAACAAUUAUUGUUCAAAAAGUCACAGCAAAUGGUUUAGAGUUUCUGUACGAUGUCCGAACAACUCUUUCAAUAGUAAAUUGCGAUUUUGUUUGGAAAAAUGGAAACUAUGACGCUCUUUUAGCAUCAGGAACAAUUAACCGAGAAGACCUUCUCUAUCUUUCAUUAAUCGAUGGUCGAGUUGAACUGAUAAGUGGCAUUGGCCGUCCCACUAAAGGAUCUCAUCGAUCAAUGGCCGUGUCUAAGAUCUCGGCAACUGCAGCCAUAACCUCAUCGGAAAGUGUUUUUGUUGUUGACCUCAACAGCAAUAUGGUACAAUGUGAAACACAAGAGCAUCGUCAAGAACCUUCAGUCUUAUUGUGGACCUAAAAGUUCAAAGACAGUUGUCUUUCAGAUAAAAAAUGACGGAUUGAACCCAAAAGUUGAUCCAUUUCUGUGAACCAGGAAAAUGAUUUUGAAUCCAAUCUGUUUGUUAAAAGACAUAAUCGUUGGGCUUCAAAUUUUAUGGACAAAACUGUACAAAGAAACGGUUUCAAUAUUGUUUGAUAUUCAAGUCUAUAGUCAACUUUAACCUAAUAAUCAUCAUCUCACUAUUAACAUCAUCUCAAGACACUUUGAUACUUAAAUAAUCUUCAAUGUUAAAUCAGUCAAUAUAUAAUACAUAUAACAAUCAAAGGAUAUAUUUUUGAAUCAAAACAAAUCAUCUAUCAAAUGAAACAAAAAUAUUUAAUUCUAAUAGUUUGCCAAUGGUAAUUACACUUGGAUUGUAAACCUAAUUUAGUUUUUAGUUGUUUCUGUUUCUCCUUUUUAUAUGUAAAUUGUCAAGUUAUCAUCAAAUUUAAACAUGAAAAAUCCUUGAUAAAGGAGCAUAAAUUAUUAUUAAACAGCUGAAAUAAAAAUAACUAUCAACAGCUACUCAAUAUAUCUCGAUAUGAUGGAAAGGAUCAAUUGAAAUUAUGGUUAUGGUACUUUAUAUGAUUAAAGAUUGACGGUAAUUUGAUGGAUGAUUGUUUCACCAAAUUAUCUGAAUCUGUUCUCGGAAAGACGGGUUUGGCCAUGGAUUGAUGCAAGUAUCAUGAGAUAUACAUGCUCUUCCUCUUAAUCUUCACAUUCAUCAUCUUCAUAUUAAUCCUCAUUAAUCCUUUACUUGUCCAAAAACAUAACUGAAAUUGUUAUAACAUAACAAAACAUUUUCACUCUAUUUAGAUCAUUUAUUGGUAAAAAA